AUGGAGAAGUUCUCAAAUUGGAGAGAUGGUCCAACAGGUAUACAUCCUUUGUUACCACCAAAGAUUCAAUCAACAAAUAUAAUAGUAUCAAUUGUUUCAAAUAUUAUUGGAUUUGCAUUAUUUAUUAUUAGAUUACCAUUUAUCGUUGUAUUCACAUUACUACUUGUUGGUUCAGAUUCACUCUUUAAAAAAGUACAAUUAGGAUUUGCAUCAAGAUUCUUGAAUAGAUUUUUCUCUAUUGUAUUUGGAAGAAUAGUAUUGAUUGCAUUGGGAUUCAAUAAAAUGGAUGAAUAUACAGAAACAUUGUCAAAGAAUCGUCAACUUUCUGGAUCCCUUAGCGAUGUUAAAUUGAAUGAUGUCAUUCUCGCCAAUCAUACUAGUUAUGUCGACAUUAUCUAUCUUGCAUACAGAUAUUCUCCUACCUUUGCCGUUCCACCCAACGACUCUGUCUCUAAUACACCAGGAUACGUUGUACCAAUGACUCUUUGGGAGGCAUUGACCAAUGCCAUCUCUUACCAAGUCAUUCCAUCGUCAAAGGCAGUAUCGUUGGUCGGACUUUCCAAGACACUCAAAUGGAACGGUCCCAUUGUCGUGUUUGUCGAAGGUGCCACAAGCAAUGGCAGCGGUCUUUUGGAAACAAACAACAACUUGUUGGAUGGCUGGAUAUUGGCCAGUGGUGUUCAUAUUGUAGGCAUCCACUAUCCCAACCUCUACCCAAUCUACACUUCAGUUGGUUCAUUUACCCUGCAUUUAAUCCGUUUGGCUUCACGUCUUUCAAAUACAAUCGAGGCAAUGUACCUCAGCCGAACCAAUUUCACUGCCUUUGACAAGAAUGACACAGCAUCUUGGUAUAAUUCCCUGAUGAAUUGUCUUGCUGAUUUGGUUCAUGCUCGUCGUACUCAAAUUAAUUCUCACAACAAACUUUCUUUUGUUGGUUAUUGGUAUGGUUAUAAAGUUAAUUAUAAUAAGAAAUCAAAUUAA